AUGAUUCAAGACGGAGUCGAAGACGAAGAGAAAUGGCUCGCCGCUGGGAUCACCGGCCUUCAACAGAACGCAUUUUACAUGCAUCGUGCUCUGGACUCGAACAAUCUGAAAGAUGCUCUCAAAUACUCCGCUCAGAUGCUCUCAGAGCUUCGCACUUCAAGGCUUUCCCCUCACAAAUAUUACGAACUGUAUAUGCGAGCAUUUGAUGAAUUGAGGCAGCUGGAGAUGUUUUUCAAGGAGGAGACCAAGCGUGGUUGCUCGAUCGUCGAGCUCUAUGAGCUCGUGCAGCAUGCCGGCAACAUAUUGCCCAGACUGUAUCUUCUCUGUACAGUGGGAUCUGUGUACAUCAAAUCUAAGGAGGCUCCUGCCAAGGAUGUUCUCAAAGAUCUAGUUGAAAUGUGCCGUGGUAUACAGCAUCCUGUGCGUGGGCUUUUCCUUAGGAGUUACCUUUCUCAAGUCAGCAGGGAUAAAUUACCUGAUAUUGGUUCUGAGUAUGAAGGUGAUGCUGACACUGUCAUGGAUGCUGUUGAGUUUGUACUUCAGAACUUCACAGAAAUGAACAAACUUUGGGUUCGGAUGCAGCAUCAGGGAGCUGCUCGGGAAAAGGAGAGACGCGAAAAAGAAAGGAGCGAGCUUCGUGAUCUUGUUGGGAAGAACCUGCAUGUUCUCAGUCAAAUCGAGGGUAUUGACCUUGAUAUGUACAGAGAUCUUGUGCUUCCCAGAGUCUUGGAGCAGGUUGUCAAUUGUAAAGAUGACAUUGCCCAAUACUAUUUGAUGGAUUGCAUAAUUCAAGUCUUUCCUGAUGAGUACCAUUUGCAGACUCUUGAGAUAUUAUUGGGUGCUUGUCCCCAGCUCCAGCCGGGUGUUGACAUCAAGACAGUGCUUUCUCGAUUGAUGGAAAGGCUCUCAAAUUAUGCUGUUUCAAGUGCUGAAGUCUUACCUGAAUUCUUCCAAGUAGAAGCUUUUACAAAGCUGAACAAUUCAAUAGGAAAGGUGAUAGAAGCACAGGUUGAUAUGACCGCUGAUGGAGCUGUCACUUUAUAUUCAUCUCUUCUGAAGUUUACUCUUCAUGUGCAUCCUGAUCGCCUUGAUUUUGUGGAUCAAAUAUUGGGUGCAUGUGUUAUGAAACUGUCUAGCAAAGGAAAGCUUAAAGAUAGCAAAGCAACAAAAGAGAUUGUUGCACUUCUAAGUGCUCCGUUGGACAAAUAUAAUGACAUAGAUACUGCGCUAAAGCUUUCUAACUAUUCCCGUGUGAUGGAUUGCCUAGAUGAUGGAACGAAUAAAGUGAUGGCCAAUGUAAUAGUUCAAAGUAUCAUGAAAAACAAGACUUGUAUUUCUACAGCAGACAAGGUUGAGGCAUUAUUUGAAUUAAUAAAGGGGCUUAUUCAAGAUUUAGGCGAGCAUCUUCAAGACGAGCUUGAUGAGGAUGAUUUCAAGGAGGAGCAAAAUUCUGUUGCACGUCUUAUUCAGAUGUUGUAUACAGAUGAUCCAGAAGAGAUGUUGAAGAUCGUAUGUAUUAUGAGGAAGCAUAUUUUGACUGGAGGACCGAAGCGGCUUCCAUUUACAGUCCCUCCCCUUGUUUUCAACUCUCUUAAGUUGGUUAGGCAACUGCAAGGCCAGGAAGAAAAUGUUGCUCAAGAAGAGGCAUCAGCUACACCAAAGAAAGUUUUUCAGUUAUUGAAUCAGACAAUUGAAGCCCUGUCAGUUGUUCCAGUACCAGAACUGGCACUACAGUUGUACUUGCAGUGUGCUGAGACUGCCAAUGACUGUGACCUAGAACCUGUAGCUUAUGAAUUUUUCACCCAAGCAUAUAUACUCUAUGAGGAAGAAAUUUCGGAUUCCAGAGCACAAGUGACUGCAAUACACCUAAUAAUAGGGACUCUUCAGAGGAUGCAUGUCUUUGGUGUUGAGAACAGGGAUACACUAACACACAAGGCCACUGGGUACUCUGCAAAGCUUUUGAAGAAGCCUGACCAGUGCAGAGCUGUUUAUGCUUGUUCGCAUCUCUUCUGGUUUGACGAUCAGGAUGGUAUCAAGGAUGGAGAGAGGGUCUUGCUUUGCUUAAAGCGUGCCUUAAGAAUUGCAAAUGCUGCUCAACAAAUGGCCAAUGCAGCACGAGGCAACAGUGGAUCGGUCAUGCUUUUUAUAGAAAUAUUGAACAAGUAUCUCUAUUUCUUCGAGAAAGGGAAUUCACAGAUCACUGUUACUUCAAUCCAGAGCCUGAUUGAAUUAAUCACAACUGAGAUGCAAAGUGACACUUUAACACAUGAUCCAGCUGCAGAUGCUUUCUUUGCCAGUACACUGCGGUACAUCCAAUUCCAAAAGGACAAAGGUGGUGCAGUGGGUGAGAAAUAUGAGCCCAUUAAGGUGUAAUUUAUUGUAUAUCUGGUUCUCAUCGACAUAGUUCAGAUAUUACCACAGUAUAAAAGUUUUGUAGUUUCAAGGUAUUAUAAAAAGGUUCUGCUUUUGAACUUCUUGGGCAUCAUCAAGGAAAUGGAGUGGCUGCUGUGUCCCUGGUGGAAGAAGGCGUCUUGCAUGCCCUUUUCAUUGCAGUAUCGAUGUUGGGUAAGCGUUUUUACAUCUGAGGAAAAUUAUGUAUCUUUGCACUAACAUUGUCACAUUGAGUACAGCUAUAAAAAGUUACUGAUCAUUUUAAUAGAAC